AUGUCUGAAGAUGGGGACGAUGACCGUGAUGAUUUUCUGCCACCACCACCGUUGAUAAGAGAGUUGGGCCGCCACAAGAGAAAUCAUCCGCUAUGCAUUGUGUUGCCCACGAUUAAUCAAAAUGCUGAAAUCAAGCCUGACUUCAUUCAAGUUCUUCCAAAAUUCAGCAACUCGCUUGAAGAGAGUGCACAUAAACAUCUUGCUGAAUUUGAUUUAGUUUGCAUUACUUUACGCCCUCAAGGUUUUUCUGAAGAUCAUUUAAGAUUACUAACUUUUCCUCAUACAUUGCAGGGUAGAGCUCGAGAUUGGUUGUUUGAUCUAUCACCUGGAUCAAUCAGAACUUGGAACGACUUAGAGGAGCAGUUUUUGCGUAAAUUCUUUCCAGAAUCAAAGGCUGCAAAUCUAAGAAUAGCUAUUAGUAGCAUCAAGCAGAGGCAACAAGAGUGUUUGUCUGAUUAUUGGGAGAGAUUUCAACAAUUAUGUCAUAGAUGUCCUAACCACGGAUUUUCUGAUUAUCAGUUGCUCAUUAAUUAUUUUUAUCGUGGUAUGUCUUCUUUUGACAGGAGGAUUGUUGAUGCUGCUUGCGGAGGAAGUUUGACCAACAAGACCUUGGAUGAAGCAAAACAAUUGAUUUUUGAUAUGGUCUCCAAUGGUCAACAAUAUGAGGAUGAGGAUGAUGAUAGGUACAGGCCGGUCAACAGAGCAGAAGAUGUAUGUGUGAAUGAGAAACUCGAUGCUCUAACUUCCUUAGUUAGAGGCCUGGUUGGAGCUCAAAUUCAGAAGGAUAAUCAUCCAAAUUUCAGCUGGAAUCAUUCGCCUGAAUUUUUCACCAGCGCACAGCCGCAGGCUGGGUGGUAUGCCCAUACCGACCGCCCAGAGCCCAGUAUGAGUGAUAUUCUUCAGAGUCUGGCACAGAGCAGCCAGAUUGUUAACAAUUUGGUGCAAAGUCAGCAAGCUUUCCAGCAAGAGACGCAGGCUGCGUUGGGUAGUAUGGGCACACAGAUCACUCUGCUCACCACUCAAGUGAACAAGUUGCAAGCAAAUCUUGGAAAACUUCCAUCUCAAGAAGUACAUCCCAAGGAGUAUGUUUAUGCUAUGAAUUUAAUGAGUGAGGAAGAUUUCUUUGAUCCAAAGCCCAUGGAAGAUGAAAAAGAGACGGAAGAGUUGGCCCAAAACAAGGAAAAAGAAUGUGGCAGGGAGAUUCUGGAAAUAUUCACGAUGAAUAAAGAACCACCAGAAUGUUAUGAUGAAAUUCAAGGGUGUAAAGUGCAGCCAAACUCCACCAAUGAAAUUCACAUUUGGAAUCUGUCGCACGGUAUGCCCAUACCAACUAGCACUGGACAGAUUGUGCCUUCAAUUGUGAAACUGCCAAAGCGGAAAUUGAAACCACCUGAUGAUUGA